GAAGGCAAUAGGAGUCCUCACGUUUGACUUGAGUUUUCCUCUGGUCAUUCAAAGCCAGAGACUGUUCACCUCAACAGGUUUUCUGCAGAGAUUAAAAAAAAAAGACAAAAGGAAUCCAACCAUGUCUGAGGCACCAAAAAAAUCAAAGAUCUCUGCAUCUCGCAGGCUGGCUCUGAAGACCAAACUGCUGAAAAUUGCAUCUGUGAUGUUGGAGAAGGAGAAGGAGGAAAAGAAGCUGGAGAGAGAAACUACUCUGAGUGAGAGAGUCCCUCCGCUCCAGCUGUCUGGUUUGUCCAUGCAGGACCUUCAGGCUCUGUGCAAAGAACUGCACCAUAAGAUUGAUGUGGUAGAUGAAGAGCGCUAUGACAUUGAAGCCAAGGUGGCCAAAAAUAAUAAAGAGAUUGAAAAUCUGUCUCAGAAGAUCUUUGAGCUGAAGGGUAAAAUGAAGCGACCUGCUCUCAAGAGGGUGAAGAUCUCAGCUGAUGCCAUGUUGGGAGCUCUCCUGGGCUCUAAGGUCAAAGAGUCUGUGGACUUCAAGGCCAACCUCAAGACUGUGAAGAAAGAGGAGGAGAAGAAAGAGGAGGUGACUGACUGGCGUAAGAACGUGGAGGCCAUGUCUGGUAUGGAGGGCAGGAAGAAGUUGUUUGAUGCCGGACAGUAGAUAUAUAUUUUUGGACAUUUUAAAUAUGAAUGCUGUUUUACAACGGAUGAGAAUAGAGUGAAAAAUAGAGUUAAUGUCAGAUUCAGAUUCAAAGGAAGGGAACUGUGUAUAUUUUGCAUACAGAUGAGUCACAGUCUGUGGUGGUUUUAUGGCACUGACACUUUGAAAAGAAAUGAAUAAUUGUCUACUCUUUCACCACAGAUAAGAACAUAGUGACAUUUUCAGUGUUUCUUGCUCCUGAAAUGCCUGGGAAAAACUGGUUUGUGUCAUGAUAUUAAA